AUGCCAAAUAACAACCGAAAAGCGUGCUAUCUACUUUGUCGAUUGGUUCGGAUGGAAGGAGUGUUUGUAUUCCAAGAUGAAAAUCAUUCCGAAUUUACAUUCCAUUUAUAUGAAUUUAAAGAUAUUCAACAUGCCAGACAACUUAUCAAUAGUGAAACCACAGAACGUCCUCAUGUCACUGGAACCAUUGUGAUGGGAACUUCUAUUUUAAAUCCGGCAUUAAAAUUCCAUAUGGAUCCAAAUUCAAUUCAAUUUGUAGAUAGUGUUAAUAAAACUUGUGAUGUCUCCAUUAAGUAUCUAAAUGACCAUACCAUUAAAAGAUGUGACGAUGUGCUCAAAGAUUGUCAUUGGUGUAAUGGAGGAAACAAAGUAAUUAAAGAAGUUCAAACUAUGAAUUCCCAAAGAUUCAUACCUAGAACAUAA